AGACACAAACAGAAGUGACUGCCGUUCCCCGUCUAGCGCAUUAUUUUGGUUUUUAUUUUUCGCACAACAAAGUGUGUGUGUGCGUGUGUGUAGUGUGUAAUUUACCCCUAGUUGUGAGAGCAUUUAGGUGGAUUCUAGCGUAGAACACGAUAAAUUAAUUUGCAAAACUUUGGCCUGGGAAGCAUGCGAGGCUCCGAGAUUAAGAACAACUAUAUAGGGGUAGGCUUCUAAACAUCAACUCACAUUUCUAUUCAAGUCAAACCAAAACACACUGCUUAACCUGUGUCACUUUAAUAAAUUUAUUUCUAAACUUCGGCUUAAAAAUUAGGGAAUUCAAACAAGUCAACGAAAUUUUGUAGUGAAAUGAAGCGCCAGAGAAUUAUUUACACGGAUAUAGCUCUCGUUAGCAAGGCUAUGAGAGCCAUGGGAAAGCCAGUAACCGUCAAGGAGAUUGCCGACUACAUGGUCAAAUUAUUGGGCUUAACUGGCAACGGACUUGAGAUUGACAUUCAACUGCUGUUGGAGAACUACCAGCCCUUGGGAUACUUCAAACGGAAAGGUGAUCUGUACAGCAUUCCCUCAGAGAUAUUGGCCAUAAUGAAAGAUCUGGACAGUGAGAAGAAACAGGGAAUUGUCACUCCCGAAAAAGGAGCAGCAGAGCCCCAGGAAUCAAAUGAAGUUUAUGCCUACGCAUCCCAUAUUGAUAUUUCCAAGUCCUUGACUCAUCCAUACUACUAUCGUUUCAACUAAGUCAAAUUUGGCUCCAAGGGCUUUAGUUUGUUUGCAAUGUAUUUAUUUGCUAAGAUUUAUCAUUUUAAUAAAAUUCCCUAUAAC